GCGGAGAGAUGGAGGACCGGGGUUUGCAAGGCGUGAAGCCCUACCUGGAGAAGCUCACCCUCGGGGUGACCCGCCUCCUGGCAACGGAACGCCUGGCGUUUCUGUGUUGUCUGUUGUUGUAGAAACCUCUCCAGGAGUUACGGAAGUCAUGUUUGUAGAAAAAGAACCGGCUGAGCGACACACAAUCAUCUCCUGGGAACAGAAAAACGCCUGCGUCCUACCAGACGAUCUGAAGAAUUUCUACCUCAUGACCGACGGUUUCCGGAUGACCUGGAACGUCAAGUUUGAUGAUAACCCAGUUUCUCUAGGCUGCAUGACGAUUAACAGCAUCUCCAAGCUGAACCGUCUCAAUGUCUCACCAGUGUACACUUUGCCCAGUGCACCAACUCUGGCUGAUCUGGAAGACUCCGAUGAGGAGGAAGGUAACAAGGAACAACCGAAAAGGCCUCACCUGGACACCAGGUGUCUGAUAUUCGAAUUAGACUCCUGUGCAGGCAACGGGAAAGUUUGCCUCGUCUACAAGAACACCAAGCCAGUCGUCAGCCCCGAAUCGGAAAUCUGGUUCCUGGACCGAGCCCUUUACUGGCACUUCCUCACCGAAUCCUUCACAGCUUACUACCGGCUCAUGAUCACCCACCUGGGGCUCCCCCAGUGGCAGUACACCUUCACGGGCUACGGCCUGAGCCCCCAGGCCAAGCAAUGGUUCAACAUGUACAAACCCAUCACGGUCAACACGGAGCAGCUGUGGGAAGCGGCCGAGGCCUCCUUCGUCAACAAGCUGGACCCCAACAAGGUUUUCCGCAGCAAAACCAAGGCCUCCCUGGUGAAGAAGAGGCUCCCGUCCCAAGCGGCCGCCGCUCAGAAGAGUCAGGCGGCAGGGGGGUCACCCCGGACCCCGUCGCAGGCCGGGAGCUUGUCAAAAAGACGAGAAACGCAGCCUUGAGCUCCCCCUGGACCCCUAAACGCCCCCCCUCCCAUC